AUGCCGGAUCGUUUCGUCGAUACGCUGAAACCAUUAUUAGCGCAGUACAUACUCCGUGGAACGCAUAUCAUUUCCGAUGGAUGGCGUUUGUACCAUAAUAUUGAUGUACCGAAUAAUGGCGUGCAUAGUCACCUGGUGAUCAUUCACGAUGCAUAUUUCGUGCAUUCGGUAUUCCAAACCUGCACACGCAUGACGUGGAGAAGCUGUGGAUGCGAGUAA